AUGGCAGCAAGGGUUAUUGUUUCUAUUGAGGACCUACAUAAGGUGAUUGUUCAUUCUGGUAGACCAUAUGGGCAGGGGAAUGUUAUGAGAUUUUCUCCCUAUAUUAGUUCUCAUCCACUAGCAGGAAGACGUGCCCAGGAUAUGUUCACUAAUCAAAUAGAAAAAUCCUUCACUGAACUGCGUGUUACUGACUCAAGGAUUCACUGCAAACUAAUCAGGGCAGCUGCUCUUAGGAUCCAUCUUUUAUGUGAAAAUGAAACAGUUCAACUGCUUUGGAGACUACCAUUCUCAAGGCAUUCCUUGAAGACAUGCCUUUUACCCACUGUUCUUCAGCAAUCUAAAACUUUACAUGCUCAGAAUGCAUCUGAAGUUGAAGUUAUUAUUGACAACAUUAUUAUGGAGUUGCCGUCGAUAUUUAACCUAGUUGAAUACUCUGCACUAGAUCGUAUUCUUGGGGUUCUUUGUAUCUUGUUUCUUCUGAAUGCUGAUUUGAAAGCUCAAGAUUUAGCUGCACGUUGGCCCUUUGACCCAGGUGGUAAAAUUACUGCUAGGUUGAAUUGUGAUGCCUUGUUUUGCAUCAGGAAGAUUUUCUGGAUUUUAGUCGUGAUGUCUACAAUAACUAAAAAGUUUAUUGGGGCUACGAUUAAAAUGAAGUCAAGUUGGCAUUCUGCAUAUAUUUAUGGAAUCUAA